UGAUAAAAAACCCCAUUCUUCCUUCUUCAUCUUCUCAUCUUUAUACCUUAUAUAAUAUACACACCUCCCUUUUCUCUCCUUUUCAGACUCAAAAGGGGGGGGGGGUUCUAUCUGUUUAUCGUUAUGGCGACAGACAAGGGUGGUGAUGGGGCUAAAGCUGUGGCGAAAACAGGGGAUAAGGCCUUGGGGUCUUGCGUAGGGAGUGUUAGCAACAACAAGGACAUGUUUACUAGAGCCGAUAAGAUAGAUCUCAAGAGCUGGGAUUUGCAACUAGAUAAGCACUUGAGCAGGGCUUGGUCCAGCGACAGGAUUGUUUCAGCUGUGACGAAGAAGGAAGAGUGGGAGAUUGAUUUGUCUAAACUCGAUAUCAGGCAUGUUAUAGCUCAUGGAACUUAUGGCACUGUCUAUCGUGGCGUUUAUGAUAACCAAGAUGUUGCAGUGAAGGUAUUGGAUUGGGGCGAGGAUGGGAUUGCCACAGCCGCUGAAGCUGCCGCUCUUCGUGCAUCUUUCCGGCAGGAGGUUGCUGUUUGGCAUAAGGUUGAUCACCCGAAUGUUACAAAGUUUAUUGGAGCUUCAAUGGGAACUUCCGACCUUAAGAUCCCGUCCAAAGACUCGACAAGCGGGAUUAACAAUUCUCUUCCUUCCAGAGCAUGUUGUGUUGUUGUCGAAUACCUUCCAGGUGGAACGUUAAAGAAUUUUUUGAUCCGAAACAGGAGGAAGAAACUUGCCUUUAAGGUGGUGGUUCAACUUGCGUUGGACCUGUCUAGAGGUUUGAGCUAUCUUCACUCCAAAAAGAUUGUACACCGUGAUGUCAAGACAGAAAAUAUGCUGUUAGAUUCUCGUAGAAAUUUGAAGAUUGCUGAUUUUGGUGUUGCUCGAGUUGAAGCUCAGAAUCCGAGAGAUAUGACCGGGGAAACAGGCACCCUUGGUUACAUGGCUCCAGAGGUCCUUGAUGGGAAGCCUUACAAUAGGAAAUGCGAUGUCUACAGUUUUGGAAUUUGCUUGUGGGAAAUAUACUGCUGUGAUAUGCCCUAUGCUGAUCUUAGUUUUGCUGAAGUCUCAUCAGCUGUAGUAGCACAGAAUUUACGACCAGAGAUUCCAAGGUGUUGCCCCGGAUCAUUAGCAGGCAUCAUGCGGAAAUGCUGGGACGGGCACCCCGAUAGACGCCCUGACAUGGAUGAGGUGGUGAGGCUGCUAGAAGCAGUAGAUACGAGCAAGGGAGGUGGCAUGAUACCUGAUGACCAAUCUCCUGGCUGUUUCUGUUUCACCCGUCGUGGCCCGUGAUUAAACUUUAGCCUCAUUCAUUUGUUUUGCCGUACAUAUGUUUUAGUUCCCAGAGAACAUGAAAGAGUUGACUGUUUGGUUCCUAGCUGGUAUUUCGAGAACAGGUCAUUGAUUUCUAUACUGCACAUGAAUACGACCGUAUUUUUAUCACG